AUGAAGCCAUCCACCACCGCCAUCGUGACCGCCGCCGGAGCAUCCUCAGCAUCGGCAAUGGUGCCGUUCUUCAACACAACCUCAACGCAGCCCUUCCACUGUCCCUCCCCAUUCGGCCUCUUCUGCGCCGGGCCCUCGAUGUCCCAAAACCUCCUCAUGCAAUGCACAAUGGGCAACCCGUCCCCCAUCAACUGCAUCGAACACACCGCCGCCCAAGCCCCCAUCGACGACUACAACGCCCGGUGCUACGAGUCCGCCCCAUCUGCCGGCGACGCAGGCUGCGCGAAGGAAGGGACUGUAUACCCACUUUCUGGGAACCCAUUCCCUCUACCAGCCGGCUCAGACGACGCCUCCCUCCCAGAAACCCCGACAUUGACAGCCUCUGCGGGAGCCGAGACGGCAUUCCCUGCCCCAGCGAACUUGACCGCGUUCCCGAUGCCAACACCGCACUUCCCCGCGCCGCCGUCGCCACCGCCAGCGGGUCUCGCCUCCCUGCCAAAAGCCUCCCUGCCAGGAUACGUCACGACCGUAACAAUGGGCACGCAAACGCGCUGGCACACCGUCUUCUCCAACUGCGGCAACGGCACCAUGCUCUUCGGCACCGCAACAAGCUCCACCUUCGCCAGCUGGCAAACAGGCAGCAUCCCAGGUGAACUCGCCUCCUCCGAAUUCCAAUCCCAACCCCAAGCAUCUCCCUCAGCAGCAGCGCCAGCCACAAUCCCCUGCGACCCCUCCACCUCCUACGCGCCCCUCCCCAUACCCACCCCUGAGCCCGAGGCAACAACCACAGAAACAUCUACGGUCUCCUACGCCAUCGACCCCACCAACAGCACCUUCUCGCCAUCCUGGAUCCACCCCACGAACUACGCGACCGUCACCGUCGUCGCCGCCGCGAGCAGUUUCGCUUGGUCCUCGGGCGAGGUCGCGACGCCGACGACCUCGACGUCCACCGUUACCGCGAGCGAGGCCGUGCCGUCUAUGUAUCCCUCGGCGACUUCGUCCGCGGGGUUCCAGAGUGGUGCUGGGGAUGAUGAGGAGAGUUCGGCUGCCGGAAGGGGGCGUGAGGCGCCGAGGUCGUGGGUGGCGGUUGCGGUUGUGGUGGCGGUUGUAGUUUGGGGGGUUUGA